UGUCUGAAUGUUAUUAGUUUUUCAUUUGCCGUCUGCAAGUGUACAUGUUUGUGCUCAUCAACAAAUCUAAAUUGGAAGGAUUGGGGUAUUAGAUUAUUUCUUUACGGAUUACAUUACAGCACCACAAGGAGACUUCUUGAAGAUGUUAAACGCUGCUUUCCUCGCUCUACUUGUGUAUUUUAUCAUUUGUAUGUUUGGGGAUGCAAAUGAAAUUAAAUCAGUGUUAGUGACUGAGGGAGAUUCUGUCCCACUAUACACUGAUGUUACUGAACAUUCGAAUAGCUGAAAUCAUGAAAGGGAACAAAUAGGUUUUAACAUAAAUUUUGUUCUUAAUGAUGGGAUUUUCAAACACAAACUACAACUGGACAAACACACUGGAUCUCUGACCAUCAGAAACAUCAGCACUGAACAUGCUGGACUUUAUAAACUGAUAGUGAUCAGUGGAAAAACUGUAUUGACAAGAUUUAACGUCACCGUUUAUUCUACUCUACCCAUUCCAUUUAUCAGCUGCUUAUGUCCAUCUUCAUCAGUUCAGAGUUGUUCAGUGUUGUGUUCACUGGCUAAUGUGAGUGCUGUGAGUCUCUCCUGGUACAAAGGAAACAGUGUAUUGUCCAGCAUCAGUGUGUCUGAUCUCAGCAUCAGUCUCUCUCUACCUCUGGAGGUGGAAUAUCAGGAUAAAAACAUCUAUAGCUGUGUGGUCAACAACACCAUCACAAACCACACCACACAUCUGGACACUGAACGAUUGUGUCAAUUACGUAAAACAAAGUUGAGCCAGAGUAUAUGCUUUCCUCUGAUUGUAAUAGCCAGCAUGUGGCUGUUAGUGUUUACAUCUGUUGUUUGCUGUUGCAGCAGGAAGUGUCAUCAAGCACAAGAAAAGGAUGUAAAACAGCAAAUCAUGUCAGAAAACACUCAAGUCAUCUUCAGUCUUCAGAUGACAGAUCUGCCACAGAUAGCCUUGCUGGAUGUGGACAGAUCAGUGACAGCUGUCAACUAUCAGAAAACAAAACAGUGAAACUCAAUAUAUAACCGAGCGCCGCUUUUGU